AUGAAUCAAAACAACAGUUUCCAAGUGAAAUAUAAUGACUACAAAUUAACUUUAGAGCAGCUACAAUCCAAAGUGAUCGAACUAACACAUGAGAAAGACGAACAUGAAAUUGUAUUAAGUACUUUAAAUGAUACAGAUUCUGAAAGAAAAUGCUAUAGAAUGGUAGGAGGUGCACUAGUAGAGAGUGACGUGAAAACAACAAUUCCAGUUUUAACUAGCAAAAAGGAAAAUCUAACUAAAACAAUUGAUAAUAUGAAAAAAACUUUGAUUACUACAGCUGAAGAAUUUGAAAAGUGGAAGAAAGACAAUAAAAUCCAAGUUGUGAGAUCGUGA